GGUUGACGUAAAUUCUGGCAGAUUCAAGUUUGGCCCCAGGUCAUCGAUGACCAUGCGCGAAGAAAUGGUGGAGAACGGGCUCAAGUUCCUGCAGCACCCAAAUGUGCAGGUGCGCCUUGUGUUAUGUGGUUUACUGUGUGUCUGUUACCUGUCCUGACGCUACAAAUCCACAGUCCACGCCGCUGUCGGAGCGUGUGUCAUUCCUAGAGGGCAAAGGCAUGACCAAAGAGGAGAUCCAAGAGGCGAUCGAGCGCCACCAGAACGGCGGGACAGCAACCUCUACAACGUCAAUAGUACAGACAGUAGCUCCACAGCAGCAGCAACUACCAACGGCAGCGCCGAUGAUGAUGAGUGCAGCUGCGCCUAUACAGAUGAUGCAACGACGAGCAAGAUAUCCUGCUUACGUUCGAGUACUGUGGACGGUGUCAUCGCUAGUGGGUGCGGCCUCGAUCCUUACAUUCCUAUGGAACUACGCCGUGCAGUCGGGCUACAUUCCGUGGCUGCGACCGAUGCCGCCUCUACUGGAGGCUGCUAAGGUACAGGAGGAGAAAGAGCAGGAAGCGAAGAAAGACGAGGCCUUGCUUGCUGAGCUUUCGAGUGUGUCGUCAGCUAUUCAAAAACAGACAGAAGAACUGUCCAAGUUGAGCUCGUCUUUGGAUGAGAAGGAGCGCGACUUGCAGAGCAAAACGUUAUUGACCACCCAGAUUUCCAGCGCACUGGCUGAACAGAGCAAUGCACAGUCUAUCGCUGAGUUGAAGGCUGAGAUUUCGACGCUGAAGACGCUUUUGCUUUCGAAGAAGGCAGAGAACUCUGACGAGUCGAAUGUGAAAUUGGAGAAGGAAGGCAACGGACACACAAAGAAGCAAAGUGUUACAACCAUCGGAAGCAAUAAUACCGAAGCAGCCACAACUUCAGGCAACUCGCAGCAACCGUCCGUAGUUCCACAAGUAUCCAAAGCUGAGCGGAUGGAAAUGGCACUGAAGAAGCUCCGCACUGAGAACUCGCUGGAACAACUCAAGCUGGCAGCGGGCAUUCUCAGCAUGUACGUCAAGAACCUCGUCGAGAACCCAGACGUGCCUCGUUAUCGCCGUAUUGCCCCUGGUAAUGCAAACUUCAAGCAAAAGAUUGAGCCUCUCAAGCAUCACGAGGAGCUGCUCAAGUCCAUUGGCUUUGAGACGACAGGUCUUAACAUGGAGUGGAAAUGGCAUACAGCGAGCAAAACGACUGGUGCAUUCGAUGAGAACAUCGCCAUUCUUCGCGCGCUACUGAAGGCUCUGCAGUCUCUCACCAACCCGAAGUCGUCUUCCAAUCUGUCGCUUGAGGAGAUAGCACGCGCUAGUCUUGAAGAGUUUUUUGCGGAACAGGACAAGAAGAAACAAGAGGUGGCCUCUGCCACGACUACUACGUCUACUAUCAUAACGUCCAACACCGUCGAAGAGAAGCGUCCAGCAGUGCAGAGCAGCAAAAGUAUGUUCGGUGCCCCGUCAGGUUCCACCUCUACGAGUCUCGAUGCAUUUAUGGCACGUCUGGAGCAACAAACCAGCGUUAACAGCAUCGCCAACGCUGAUGUAAACAUGAAGACCUCUUCCUCCAAUACUGUAGCUGCUAGCGCGGCAGCCGCACGUGAUGGCGAGGAGAAGAUGCCGGUCGCCGUGGCCAGUUCCAUCUCUCCGACGGUGACGGCAGGCGGACCGUCAUAUCCCGAGUCUUUUAAAGAAGUGAUGGAUCUCAUUCAGAAGGGCGAGACGGUGCCGGGCAUCCGCGACAUUGAAGACAAACUGUCCGUCGACUCGAGCGAGCUGCUGAGCCAGCAGAUGAAUGCCGGAGAAGCGGCAGCAGCAAAGCCAUGGGAAAAGAUCAAGGCAUAGCUCCAACUAAGCGGAUAAAGUGUUGAUAAUGAAAGGCAUGCUUGUCAAGGGUGCUGGAGUGAAGUGCAUGUGUCUUGAAGUUCGCUCACCUCCGCGCAAUUAAGUGAGGUGAUACAAAAGGCAUGUCGGACGUGGGUUACACAUGAAAAAAUGUACCGGUAGUUCUCUGCCGGCCGCCGAGUUGUAUCGAUUGAAACGGCGUUCCUCGAUAGCAACGCGAUGGUAAUACUGCAUACAUUCAACGCGCUCUGCCGCGGCAGGAAGGUCAGCAGCAUCUCCACAAAUUGUGAGUCACAAUCUUUGCUGUUGCGUGGCAGUGUGCUUCAACACAGUUGACCAUGGGAGAAAACCAGGUGGCAAUAUUGCAAGUCUGUCCGUCGCAGUGAACGAAAAUGCACGCACAACACAGUGCCAUGGAGCCUCCGGGCUGAUCGUUCGAAGCUCGACACCACGAGCGCCAAUCGAGCAGAUCACCGCGCACUUGAUCCGGUUUUCCUGGGUUCUAGUCCUUG